AUGGACAUUUAUAGUAAAAAAAUCACAAUAAAAUCGUUUUCUAAUGACGAUAACAUAAAAAUCCCGGAAAAUAACAUUGUAGACUGGGAUGGCGAUGACGACCCAAUGAAACCAAUAAAUUGGGAAAAAAAAAGAAAAGUUAGAAUCUUGAUAAUUGGUUCUCUUUAUGGCUUUCUAUCUCCUGCUUGCUCUUCAAUGUUAUCUCCUGCUGUUCAUCAAAUCGCUAAAGAUUUCAACGUAUCAAGUGCUUCUUUAAUCUCCUUUUUUGUCUCUGUUUAUGUUUUAGCCUGGGCUAUCAUCCCAUUAAUUGUCUCCCCCCUAGCUGAAAUGUAUGGUAAAAAACACAUCAUAAAUUUCUCAAUUGUCUUUAUGUUUGUCUUUAACAUGGCUUGUGCCUUAUCUCAAAAUGCUGCUCAAUUAAUCAUCUUCAGAUUCUUAGCAGGUUGCGGCAGUUCGGCACCAAUUACUGUUGGCCCUAGUAUCAUUGGUGAUUUAUUUCACGAAAAUGAUAGAACUUUAUGGAGUGCUCUAGUUUCAAUUGGCCCAAUCGCUGGCCCAACCAUAAGUCCAGUGAUUGCUGGUUUUGUAGUUGAAAACCUCAGCUGGAGAUGGGUUUUUUGGAUCCAACUAAUACUCAAUGGUGUAAUAGCUUUUUUCGGCUUAAUCAUCAUCGAAGAAACCUAUCCCCCAACUAUUCUACUCAAAAAGGCUAAAAAAUUAAUGAAAUUAACCAACAACCCAAACUUGAAAACAAUUUACAACUACAAUGACAAUGAAUCAAAAUUAGAUAAAAUCAAAUCAAACAUUACAAGACCUCUACAAUUACUAAUCUUUCAUCCAAUGAUUUAUGGUCUUGGUGCCUACAUGGCCUUGAUGUUUGCCUUGAUUUAUGUUUUGAUUUGUACUUUUCCCACUUUAUGGCAAUAUGACUACAAUUUUUCAACUGGUAUAACUGGCCUAAUGUAUCUAUCCUUGGGUAUUGGUUAUUUCCUAGCUCUACCAAUCUGGGGCAUCCUAACCCAAAAAGGCUACCUAAAAUUAGUUAAAAAUAAUAACAAUGUAUCAAAACCCGAAUUCAGAUUGCAGUAUCUUUGGUGGUCUGGAAUUGGUGCUCCAAUCACUUUCUUAAUAUUUGGCUGGACUGCUGAAUAUAAAACUCACUGGAUUGUUCCUGCUAUAAUGGCUUGCCUUUUCGCUUUCUUCAUUAUGGGUAUGUUUCAAACUUCCUAUGUAUAUCUUAUUGAUAUGAACCCAAGAUUCUCUGCUUCUUCUGUCGCUGCUGUAACUGUUUUUAGAUCAGUUCUUGCUUGCUUUGUUCCCUUAUUUGCUCCUGAUAUGUUUGAUUCAAUUGGCUAUGGUUGGUCUCAUACUAUUUUUGCCAUUAUAGCUUUUUUGCUUGGUACUCCCUUUCCAUUUUAUGUAUAUAAAAAUGGUGAGAAUUUACGAGAAAGGGCUAAUAAAAAACUCGAAAAGAGUUUUAAUAUCAUCUCUUAA